AUGGAGAUCAUCUCAAAACAGACCUACGCGGUGACGGAAAUGGAGAAGAACCUACGAAGCGAAAAGAAGAGGAGAAGAUGGGAAGCGGAGGACCAGGAACGGGAUGAAGUUGAGGACCAAGAGUACGAGCCAGAGUUCGAGGAAGAGGAGGAGGAACCAAGGAAAUUCUUCGUCAGCCGACGGAAGGCAGAGAAGAGGAAGACUUCAGUACUCCAGGACUCGAGGAAAGGGGAAGAGGAACCAAGAAACAAAUUUUGA